CACACACACACACACACACACACACACACACACACACACACACACACACACACACGGGCAGUGCCUCAGUCUGGUGCUGUUUGGACCACAGAGAGAGGGGUGCGACACUUCACCGGAAGGCGUUUGGGAGUCCACCACCUCAUCUGAAGUCUGUCGGUGGUCGUGGGCGACACCUCGUUCAAGCGAGGCGGGGGUUAAAAAAAGAGAGGAGGGGGGUGUUCCACUUGAAAAGCAGACAAUGCGGUUUCACGAUGCGUUUCUUCCAAAGCAGCUUCCACGCAAAAAAAGAUGAAGCACCGAAGAAGCGGGGAAAGGAAUGCGUCGUGAUUUAUUUCCGAUUUUUUUUUUUUUGUCUGAUUUUGGAUUCGCGUUGAUAUUUUUCCUGUCAGUGUGACUGAGAACAAAAAAACAGAGAUGAAAUUUCCAAUAGAGCACCCGACAAAACAAGUUAACUGGGACCCUGAACAAGUGGCCGUCCAGACCCACUUGGUCACUCCCAAGAAAAUGAAGGCUGGCAUGGUGAAGUCGAGCCUGGUCCACGCAAGUGUGGCCACCAUGCAGAACCCCAUGGGCUACGACCCGAGGGCCAACGGCCACUGCGCACUUCCACGCCUCUCCAUCUCCUCCCGCUCCGCCAGCAUGGUGGCCAGUUUGGACGCCAACAACGACGGCUCUAUCGCGGCGCUCCAAUCAGUGAUGAAGUGGAAGACGGUGCUGGCCGUGUUCAUUGUGGUCGUCUUGUACCUGGUCGGUGGAGCUCUGGCCUUCAAGGCUCUUGAACAGCCAUUUGAGAGUGACCAGAAGACCAGCAUCACCCACGAGAAGGCGUCUUUCCUGCAGAGACACCCGUGUGUCACUCCCAACGAGCUGGAUGACAUCAUCAAGCAUGCCAUAAAAGCUGUGAGCAGAGGAGUGAGACCUAUUGGAGAGACAAACUCCAGUUACUGGGACAUGGGCAGCUCCUUCUUCUUUGCUGGAACCGUCAUCACAACCAUAGGUUAUGGAAACAUAGCUCCAAGCACAGAAGGCGGGAAAAUCUUUUGCAUUCUUUAUGCCAUAUUUGGCAUUCCUCUCUUUGGCUUUUUGUUGGCGGGCGUUGGAGACCAGCUGGGCACCAUCUUUGUGAAAAGCAUCUUGCGAGUUGAGAAGAUAUUCAGGCAAAAACACAAACAAAUCAGCCAAACAAAAAUCAGGGUGACGUCCGUCAUCCUGUUCAUCUUGGCUGGCUGCAUCGUCUUCGUCACCAUCCCUGCUGUCAUCUUCAAAUACAUUGAAAGCUGGACCACACUGGAUGCAAUCUACUUUGUUGUGAUCACUCUCACCACAGUGGGAAUAGGAGAUUACGUGGCAGGUGACAAUCGAACCAUUGAGUAUAUGAGCUGGUACAAGCCCAUGGUGUGGUUCUGGAUCCUUGUUGGUUUAGCUUACUUUGCGGCUGUCCUCAGCAUGAUUGGAGACUGGCUUCGAGUGCUCUCAAAAAAGACCAAAGAAGAGGUUGGYGAGUUUAAGGCUCAUGCAGCUGAGUGGAAGGCAAACGUACGAGCAGAGUUCCGUGAAACACGGCGACGUUUGAGUGUGGAGAUCCACGACAAGCUCCAGCGGGCCGCAACCAUCCGCAGCAUGGAGCGACGUCAGCUGGGCAUCGAGCAGCGAGCCCACUCACUUGACAUGCUGUCACCAGAAAAACGAGCUAUGUUCGCCAGCCUGGAUGCUGGCCGAUUCAAGACUUCCUCMCAGGAAAGCAUUGACACUAAACUCAAUAACCUGAGACUGAAAGGAGCCUGUGAGUCAUAUGACCAACAGGGCAGCGAGCAACAGCCACAGACAGCAUCUUCCUCUGAGGAGAAUCUCUUCAACCUACGCUUUGGGUCCCUCACUAAGCUGGCCAGGCGCAAUAAGAACCGCGAUCUGCGCCGAAACAUUCCAGAAGAUGCGCGGCAUUCGAGCGUGGGCAUCAGCAAUGGCAGUGCCCUGCUGGGUGCAGAGAGGACGGAGGAAGAGGAUGGGGAACCAGCAGAGGAAAACAAAGAGCAGAAAGAGGAAAACAUCAGUCUGACAGAUCUGUCACAGUAUACAGCAGAGCGCAGCAAGCUGAAUGGGUUCAUGCCAACACAGGUCAAGGACAAAGAGAACAAUUAGAUGUCAAACGCAUGAACAUUUUCAGCUGCAAAGACUUCUUAGACUGAGUCACAUGGAGAGUGCAUAGUCCUUUUUGAGAUGUCAAGAAAUGUGCCUUUUCAGUUUCCUCCUAUGCUUAGACUGGAACUGCUCCCAGGACAUUCAGUCAUUGUGCCAUAGAAUAAGGAAAAAAAUACGUUGCCAAAAAAURAACAACACUGAAUAUACAGAAAAGCCUGUUGUUUGAUUACCUCAUUACAUAUGUUGCUGUAAAAUGGGCUACCUGUGAUGUAUAUUGAAGCUGUCACUUUCAGCUUUGUUGUCUCUCUGCCCUCGGGGCUCUUACUUGGGCGAUGACCAUCUGUUUGUGGUGGAUCUUAAUUUUUUUCACAAUGUGGGCACGACAGCCAGCGAGCUGGACUCCUGUCAUUUGUCUUCGGAGACGUUAUUGAUCAUUUUGUCAUCUCAUACUGUGGUGGCUGUUUACAGCUCGUCAAUGUCUGCUACUAAAGGACUUCAACAUUUAAUGACUGCAGGUUUGAAGGUUUUGUUCUGGCUGGAUCAAUAAACAACGCUAGUAGUUACCUAGAAGACAUGUACAAUUAUUCCUACAUUGUAUGUGGCUUUGCAUAUGUAGCUUGACAGUAAAAAUAAACAAAACAAUUAAUGCUUACUAAGAUCUUGUGAAAAAAAAAUAUACAGAGUGCAUGGUUUUUAAAAGAACAACCAUAGCAAUUAACUGACAUUAGCUUAAAAAGUCACUGCUGUUUUAAUGAUCUUCUUAAAGAAAAGAGUAAUGUUUGGCUUUCACUCUUAGUUUUUUGCUUAUUCACAGUUCAAGAAAAUGUGUACAAGUAAUAAAUAAUUCUAACACUAGCAUACAAACAAUACUGGCAUACUAAGGUCAGUGAUAUUAACAUUUUUUUAACUUUUCAUUCACGUCACAAACUGUUUAUUUAAAUCAAUGAAUGUGAUGAAGUUGAUUUUAUACUCACUGAGCAUGUUUAUGUUUAUGUUUACUUCUUUUUUCUAUCAGACAAUCACAUGUGUUGUAUGUUUUUUCCAUUAAACUGUAAAAUAUAAACCAA